AUGGCUACCUUCUUUCGUCGCCUCGCUAUCAUCGUCGGCGAGCGCCUCGGCCCUGCCGCGCCUCUCCCUCCUCGUCUCAACGCGAACCGCCUGUCCUCGGCGGCAGUAGUUGAGAUCAAGGCCCGCGCGGUCGCCUACGAGGCCCUCGCCACCCCCUCGCUCUCCUCCUCGACCACGUCUCUCGCUUCCUCAGGACGCCCAGCAACCCCGGACCGGGUCUCGGUGACCACUGUUGAGGUUGCGGGUGGCAUGGUCCCCCACCCCGCCUACACUGUUCUUUCCCCCGUCGUCGUCAACGGCGGCGUGGAGUACCACCUCCUUCCGGCCCCAGCCGCCACCACCACCAUCUUGCAGGAGCUUGCCCUUGCCCCUUUCACCAAGCCCCACCCCCGUACCCUCCCCAAGAAGGUCGCGCGCGCGGCCAAGCUCAUCGCCCGCGUCAAGGCUAUCAAAAGCCGCCCGCGCACCCCCACGGAGCCCACCACCCGCCCCACCGGCCUCUAUGUCAAGAACCACCCCAACGAGGACCACCGUGUCCAGGCCUCCAUCGCCGGCCCAAAGGCGACAGUCAACUCGAACAUGCACCAGGUGCCCCCCACCUCGGCUUCAUUCCUCGCGCGCACCCCCGACCCGCGCGUCUUUAUCGGCCACGUCACUGGUAGCGACCCGGAGAGCGUGUACGUGCGAUACAAUGGAGCAAACGUCGACCGCAUCGAGUCGAUGAAGAGGGAUGGCGUUGUUCUCGAGCAAGACCCACUUCUGGACAGCCAGUUUCCUCUUCUCGGCGAGGGACACGCCUCAAGCGACCGAUUCGCUAACGCGGUCGGACGCCUGUCUCUUGUCGAGGCCGCUGCCGAGAAUGCACGUCUCCUCCGCGACACCGCCAACGUCACUGCAUCGACCUGGGCUGGCCCGGCCGAUUGCAAGACGCUGCUGCACAACCAGCUCGACAACUACACGGCGACCAAGAUUGCGUCGCUCUACGCCGAGAUCGACCGAGCCCAGUCAGUUGUCAGCGGCAUCAUCUCGGCCUACAACGUCCUUGACAGCUCGUUCGGCGCUUCGAAGCUGGCUGAGGCUACCCGCACGGCUUCCGCCACUAUCCGCUCCAUCCCCAACUUCAACUCGUUCGUCGCAUCAAUCUCGGGCGACCCAUACACAGUCGGCGGUCUAGAGUUCGCGGUAACGUGCCCUCGCAAGGAGGCCCUGUACUACCCAACGACCCACUGCAUCUUCAAGAACACAGUGGUUCAGGGCUCCUGGGAGGAAGUAAUGGGGUGA